AGCAGUCAUCAGCCUUUCAAGAUCAGAAGGAAAGAGUAUAGUGUGGGGAAAAAUUAUUAAAGAAUGGCAACAAAGAACCAGAAGAUGGCAGUAAUGCAACGUUAAGGAUGCAAGCUGCCGUUAAAACCCAAAGAAGAAGAUAGUUGAAACAGUGGAUGUCUGAAAGAGUCUUCUAGGCAUGUUACGGUAUAUUUAAUAAUAUUAUUUGCAAAGCCCGACCUCCAUCAAUGUAAUUAUAUUCAACAGGCUAACGUUAACAAGCUAGUACUAUCUGAACUUAUUUGACAUAAUCUAAAUAAAACACGGUAACAGUUAUUUGCCGAGGUAAAUCACAAAGGGGACGAAUUCAAACAGCCAUGACUGCAGAAGCCUCAGAAAAGUCAGCGGAGGAGGGCAUGAGUUCGUCGGGCAGCGCUGGCACUUCAGGUACGCGAUUUGACCUGGAGAAAGAGACAGAACUGCGCUUUGAGGUCGAAGCAGGAGAACGAGUCCAGCUCGAGCUGUUGUCCGGUCUGGCAGAGGUGUUCGGAUCCGAACUGAACCGAAAUAAGAAGUACACUUUUGGACCAGGCUCUAAGAUUGCUGUGUUCACCUGGCAAGGCUGCAGUGUGUCGCUGUCAGGCAAGACGGAGGUGGCUUAUAUCUCCAAAGAUACACCCAUGCUGCUGUAUCUCAACACCCAUGCAGCUCUGGAGCAGAUGAGACGUCAGGCAGGGAAAGACAACGAGAGAGGCCCUCGGGUAAUGGUUGUCGGACCAACUGAUGUGGGAAAGACUACAGUUUGUCGAGUGUUGCUGAACUAUGCUGUGCGACUGGGACGAAGGCCUACGCUGGUAGAACUGGAUGUCGGCCAGAGCAGCGUCUCUGUGCCUGGAACUAUGUCAGCUCUGUGCAUCGAGCGUCCUGCUGAUGUAGAAGAAGGUUUCUCUGUGCAGGCUCCGCUAGUCUUUCACUUUGGCUCUACCACACCAGGAACAAACAUCAAACUUUACAACAAGCUGACUUCCAGCCUUGCAGAAGUGUUUUCUCAGCGCUGUGAGGUGAACCGCAGGGCUAGUGUGGGUGGCUGUAUAAUCAACACCUGUGGCUGGGUCAAAGGUUCAGGCUACCAGGCUCUGGUCCACUGCGCUUCAGCUUUCCAGGUGGAUGUUGUUAUAGUCCUGGACCAGGAGCGUCUCUAUAAUGAGCUUAAACGUGACCUGCCACACUUUGUACGUGUCGUCCUUCUGCCAAAGUCCGGCGGUGUGGUGGAGCGCUCCAAGGACUGCCGACGAGAGUCACGGGACGAAAAGAUCCGGGAAUACUUCUACGGCUUCCGUGGAACUUCCUUUUACCCUCAUGCUUUUGAUGUGCGCUUUUCAGAUGUGCGUAUUUACAAGAUCGGUGCACCCUCAAUUCCAGACUCCUGUCUCCCUCUGGGUAUGUCCCAGGACGACACCCAGCUCAAACUCGUGCCAGUCAGCCCUGGCAGGGAUUUAACCCACCAUGUGCUGAGUGUGAGUUCGGUGGAUGAUGAUGCCGAGGUGGGUGCAGGACAGAGCAGAGGGAUUUUAGAGAGUCCCGUGUGUGGUUUCAUAGUUGUGACCGCAGUGGACACACAAGCUCAGGUGAUGACAGUUCUUUCACCAGCGCCCAGACCCCUGCCGCGACACACUCUGCUCAUCAUGGACAUUCGUUUCAUCGACCUUAAAUAGAAGCAUAUAAGUCUAGCAGAGAUCUUUACUCAAAAGGGACACCAUCUUUUCACAUAUGUUAAGUUCUUACAAAAUAUUUAUAGCUGUGUUUAAUAUUCAAAGGACACAUUUUAAUUAUUAUGUACGUAAGUAAAAGCUUCUGUAUUUUUUAAAAAUAAAUUAAAUUGCAAUUUCAUCUGUCCUUCUGA